AUGUCGUACGCACCGCAAGCCAUCCAUUCCAACCUUUCGAGGCCUCAUCCCACCGACUCGAGACUGCUUCAGAACUUGAUCAAAGGCGAAAAGAGCUACAUCGACAACCUCGCAGCCUCGUCCAUCUCUGCCUAUGCCGCUGCGAGCGCUCUGGCAGCUUGGGGAACCUCUGAGGCACCCGACAUCUCGAAAGCUUCGCAAGCGCUUGCCGAGAUCCUGGGCACCGUGGCUGAUGCGCAGCGCACCCAUGUCCAGGCGCUGGAAGGCUACCGCAGCGCGCUCAAAGACGUCCUAGAUCGCGAACAGAGCAUCCGCUCCGUGGUGCGUGACCGUGACAUCCUCGUCGGUCGGCUCAUCAAGGCGAGCAAGAAGAAGGUGUCCAAGAAGGACUCGGGUCUCAGCCAAGAUGAGAAGAUGGACAAGGUCAACGCAGCGCAGCGCGAGCUGCACGCCUGCGAGCAGGUGCUUGCCAGCGAAGAGGCAGCUCUUGUUGGCGUCAAGCGACGCACGUUCAAGGAGGCGCUCACCAUGCGCAUGAAGACCAUGGGCGAUGCCGGCGCUGCCACCGUGGAAGCCGCCAAGGAAGCCAUUCUGCUGCUCGACGAGUUCGACACGCACGGCCCCUUGCUGCAAGUCACUGGCGGUGGCCAAUACGAAAGCAUGUACGCCGACGGUGGCAUCGAGACGGGCGCCUACGACAACCACGCUCUCGACCAGGGCUACUACGCCGGCCAGCAUCCUGGUGCUCCCGGCCUGCCUCCACAGAACGCGUACGCAGACGGCGGCUACGAUGGCGCCCAUGGCUCUCCUGUCGCUGGCAACGGUGCCAACCUCACACGUGACGAACAAGGCCAGUUCCACAAGCAUCUUCAAGGUCACGACCAUCGUCACCCGCAACCUUUUGACGGUGCUUCGGUAACACCUUCGCAAUCCGCCAGCCAAGUCAUCGACCACGACCGCUCGCACGUCCCCCUCGGCCAGCGCUACACCUCGCACUUUGAGGACGUCGAGGAGCAGGACGGCAUUCCUUCCGACACGGACAGCGAGGAGGACUACCGUCGUGCUUUCGUCGAGCCUCGCUCGCGCCUGCCUGCUCCGCAUGAGCUUGGCGUAGCAGCAGACACCCACGAUUCGUUCGUCCCCAACGCAGCUGCCGACGGAUCCGCACCACCGCCUCCACCUCGUAAGGAAGACGUCGCUGGGCGUGUCCCGAUGCCCGCCGUGCCCACUGCGCCUCGAUUUAACCCCAACCACGCGCGCGGUCAAAGUCAAGACACCUCUGCCGACCAGGGCUUCACUCCCGGUUCCCCUUCCAGUCCACCCCGCUAUUCCAUGUCUCGACGCAGCGGCGACUCUGAAGGCGGUUACGGACAUCAACGCAAGUCGAGCAACUCGCUCAUCGGGAAAGUGAGCCGCCUCUUCAAGACUGAUAUGCGCAACGGCGCAUCCGCUGAAGACGAGCGUGGCGGUGGCGGCGGUGGCGGUGGCGGUGGUGGCGGUAGCAGCAGCGGAUGGAACACCCGCACAAACGCCAACGUCGAGCAGGAGAGCGAACGUCGUCGCUUCGCCUCGCUCCGACGCGCCGGGCCCGACAGCUCGGACGAAGAGGAUACUCGCGAGGUGUUCCGCAACGUCAAUCAGGCACGUCCCGGCUGGGAUGCAAAGGGCGGCAGCGAUGUCGGAGGCAAGAAACUCACCUCUCGCAUCUUGCCCGGGCCCAAGAGCAACCGUGCCACAGAGGCAGAGCAGGCAGAGAUUGACCGCAUCCGCGCUUCCGUGGUAGGUGGCGGCAUCGGCGCUGCCGCUCCUACCAAGCUCGCCAGUGGAGCUGACAGCAUCCGAUCCAACACAACCUUGACAAAGAAGAAGAAGAAAAAGCGUGCCACCGCUGGCAGCGAGAUCGGCACUGCACCUACGCGCCCCUCGGCCAGCUACACGGUCUCGAGUGACCUAUCUUCCCUGCAAUACAACACUAACGCCACCGACGCGAACGCUCGCCCUGGGCUCUCGCGCAGCUCCACGCUCAAGUCGACCAGCUCCAAGAAGAAGAACCGUGCCAGCAUAGCCGGCACCGGUCUCGUUGGUGGUAACAUCUUUAAUCCCAAUGCGGGCAAGUACGGCGCCGACUCGUGGAUCAAGAAAUCCGGCAGCCAGAUGACAGCCUACGAAGCUGUCGCCAUGGCGGGUGUUGUUCCCAAGUCAGCGGCUCCCAAGGAAAAGCCUGCUGCUCCGGCACCUCCUGCAUCCAACACUCCCGCCUCUUUGGCGCCGCUGCCACCCGCUCCUGCAGCUGCCAACACCUCGCGCCCUGCUUCGAUCAUCUCCUCCGCCAGCCAGAAGCCACCGCUCAAGUCGGCACUCAAGCCCCCAACCUUGAGUCGCAGCAACAGCACCGCCAGUGCCAAAGCCGCCCCCUCCUCUCCCACUAAGAAAGCGGCAGCGCCUCUGUCUGCAGGUACUUCCGGUACGCCAGGUACACCCAUCAAAUCGGCGCUCCGCAAUGACAUCACUCAGAGCAUCCGAGCUGAGCCCCUGCCGCAGCCAAAGAUGGAGCCCAUCCCGAAAGCACCGGCGCCUGUCACGUCGACGCCGCUUCCGGAGUCUGUCGCGCCAACGCAGCCAGCCGCAGCCCCGCCAUCCGCAUCCCCACAGAUCGCAGCACCCGCUGCUGCACAGACACCUGCAGCUCAGGAGCCUGCAGCAACCCAAGCUCCUGCGGUGGAGACGGCCGAGGAAGCCAAGUCGACGGCGCCAGCAGCGCCACAGUCGGUGCUCAGCAUCGAGGAGGACAAGGGCUUUGACGGUACUGGUCGUCUCGAUGUCCCUGUCGAUGCUGGCGAGGGCCAAGAUGUUGAAAAGGAAGAGCCUGCAGUUGUUGCUCCACAACCCAAGGCACCGAUGCCCAAGCUCGAGAUGCCUAGCUCCGAGCCCUUCUCGGUCUCAUUUGAUGGCGCACGACGUGGCUCUACUGUGACAAUGGGAAGCAACGCUGAAGACGCCGUCGUCACUCCGGGCGCUGAGCAAACGUACAAGGCAUUCUUGCAGCAACACGGCCAGUCUCCCUCUGUCGAGAGAUCCGCCAACGCGACGCCACUUGGCACCGUGGUCGAGCACGUGGGCGUCGAAAGGUUGACGGACCGCAAGGUCAAGAUCGAACCAAGCCGCGUCUAUGGAGCGGGCGCGCCUGAAGUGAGCGACACAUCGUCCGAAGAGGGAUCGCCCGUCAAGCCCUCUCACCAUGCUGAGGAGGGAGCUCAGAGGGCUGCCCAAGUGCAGGCCUCGUCGGCCCUUGCCGAUCCAGCUCACAAGCCCGAUGCAGGCCUGCAAGGCCUUUCUGGUCCUCCUGCUGCAGUCGCCGCACCGGCCCUCGCCGCCGCUUCGCUCUCACCCGCUAAAGCGAUCAACCACUCUUCUUUGGCGAUGGCAAAGGCGCCCAGCGAGUCGGGCAGCGCCAUCAGUCGCCGCAAGAGCGUUCGCAUGGCGCCGGAUGUCAAGCUCCCUCCUGACACGCCCACCGACGCCGAAACGCCUCGAGGCACAGAGCAUAGCGCGAAAGACCCACUCGCUGCGCGCGGCGCGCAGCUCAGCAGCCGUAUUGCGCCUCCUCCAGCUGCGCCUGCGAAGCCGACCAAGGAAGCCGGUCCCAUAGAUCUCGCCGGAGGCCGCCAGAGCUCCGGCUGGACCAGCCGCGUUCGCGAUACGGCAGACAGCAGCGAUGAGGAGAAUGUUGACGAUGAUGGGUAUUCGAGCGCACGAAAGGCCUUUGGAUCUGCCACUCGUGGCUGGGGCGAGGCUACGGGCACGGUCAAGCCCAAGACUAAAAAGACGGCUGGCGAUGCUGCCUCGGUGCGAUCCGGCACUAAGAAAUCGGCGGCUGGCAAAGCAACUGCACCCAGCAGUGCUGCCGCUACUGUCGCUCCUGCGGCUCCCCAGCCAUCGAUCGGAUACGUACCUACCGCGCCAGGUUCGAUCUCGUCGACGCUUUACACAGCCAAAGCGCCGGGCUCUUCAGUCGGCGUCAAUGCUAGCGGUGUUGCACCGUCCACGUCGAUGUACUCGGUGACAGCGCCUGGCUCUUCGAUUGGCGGCAAUGCCGGCGCUGUUGCACCGUCUACGUCGAUGUACUCGGUUAAUGCGCCUACCUCCGUGCUCGUUGGGGUCAUCUUGCCACCGCCUGCUUCCACCACGACAGGUGCAGCCCCGGCCUCCAGUACGCCCGCCCCCGCCCCCGCCGCGGCUCCGGCUUCCACCGCUCCCACUGCUGCCGCGGCCACCGCACCCGCGCCUCUCACAGCCUCCAACCUGAACGCUCUGGACAGCAAACCCACCAUGCCUCCCGUCCCCGUGGCACCACCAGUUCCUGGUCAGAGCACCAUCAGCGUUCCGACGGCUCCACCUCCGGCCAUCUCGGGUAAGGCGGGCAGCUCGGUCAGCAAAGGCGGAUUCUUCCGCAGGUUCAAGCGCAACAAGUAA